CCCCGCACUCGAGGAAGCGAAAGGCACUUUCAGUGCAAAUUUUCCUGGGGCCGUCCUCUGGCUGCUCGCUUGGCUGCCCUCCUGCUGGCCCUCCUCUCCGACUUGCCCGGUCACUGGUCAUCGCCUCCUCUCUUCCGCAUUCGAUGGUUUAAGUACCAGGCUCGAUUUGGCCACGGGUCGUAAGUACACUCGCAGCAGAGUCUGCAGACUUACAGAGUGUGAUCUGUCGCAACUCACAGUCGGAAUCCUCGUCACCUUCUUCCCCCUCUCUACGGCCCUCUUCCUUCUUUCUUUCCUCCCCACAAUCUCAGAAUCUCGUUCACACACGUUCCCCCUCCCUCGUCCCUCUCAUCAGCAUCUUCAAGAUUGGAGAGAACUCGUUGGAGUUGCGACAUUAGUUACAUCUGAUUGUCUGGUUCUCCCAUCCCGUUUCCUUCCUGUUAGUUCAGUCCGUUAGCUCCGUGUUGGCUUGCCUCACUUCUUUCCUUGUCGCUGUGUGGGUUUUCGUUAGCAGCUUGGUCUUCUGUCAGUGGUGAUCCUUGCCCCCGAUCAUAGUAUUCGUUUACAAUCGAAAGUCUCUCCCAUACUUUCGGACUCUGCCAUCUCCGCUGCUGCUGUGGAGUGUCUGGAUCAAAUCAAGCAAGCAUACGAGCUGCUGCUGCUGCUGCAGCAGUGGAGGCCAGAGUAGAGCAGAGCUCAACGACCCAGAGCAGCGCAGCCCACAUUGAAGAGAAAGGAGGAGCAGGAACAAGAGAGGAUUUUUAGUCAGAGUGGAAUGGUACACUGAGCUUGGCUGUGGAGAAGACGUCAUGACAGAAGUUCGGGCUUGUCGUAGUGGUGGUGGGUUCGGUAGGAAGCAUAUCGCGUUCCUCUUUAUAGUCGUGCAGGCUUUCGCUCUCUGUGUGGCUGGAUCUUCCUUAUCACUCUCUCGGGUGGAAGACGAAGAUGUCCCUCUCAGCCAUGAAGGUUACAAGUUGGCGGUGCAAGGAGUGAUGAGGCACCUUCUGCAGGCAGCCGACGAUGGCAUGGUCGAUAUGAAUGGCAGUUUCAUUCUGGCAGCCAAUCGCACAGCGAGACGUGAUCCCUUAGACCAUUUCAACAAAUACAGAGGAGGAUGGGAUAUACAAAACGAUCACUACUGGGCGUCCGUAGGAUACACUGGACUGCCUGCCUUCAUCGUCGCCAUCAUUUGGGCCGCCCUGGGGCUCUUGGGGCUGCUCUUCCUCCUCUGCUGCUGUUGCUUCUGCGGCUCCAGAAGCAAGCCAGAGUAUGACCACGGAAAAUGUGGUUACAUCAUCCCCAUCAUUUUGCUCGUCUUCUUCACUGCAGUCGCAAUAGCGGGGUGCGUGGUAUUGUAUUACGGCCAGGCCAAAUUCAACAACCAUCUGGAAGAUACCCUGGAUUUCAUUGUUCGUCAGUCGAACAGCACAGAGGAGGGUCUGCGACGGGUUUCGCGAAAUUUGACUAGGGCAGCGGAGAUCAACAUCGACAAUCUGUUCACCUUGAGCGACGCCGAUAAAGCCGAAAUUGGGAACUUAAAUAGGCAGCUCAACAGUUCAGCCAAUACGCUGGAACGAGACACAGCUGACAAUGCCCGCGACAUCAAACACUAUAUCAACAUUGUGCGAAUUUCGCUUAUGGUGGUUGCAGCUGUCAUGCUGUUCCUGGUUAUACUCGGCCUGUUAUUCGCCGCCUGCGGAAUUCGUUCGGUUGUGUAUUUAUUGGUGUUCCUCGGGUGGAUUCUGGUGACUGGAACCUGGAUUUUGUGCGGAAUUUUCAUCCUUUUGAACAAUACUCUGGGAGACACAUGUGUUGCCAUGGGUGAGUGGGUGGAGAGACCUUCUGCCAACACGACAUUGGAUCAGAUUUUGCCUUGUGCUGAUCCUACGACAGCGGACUUAGCGCUCGACAACAGCAGAGACUACACUGACAAAAUUAUUACUCUGGCUAACAAUGGAAUCACGAACGUUGCAAAUGUGAAUUUCCCUCCGGGCACACCCACGUACUACAAUCAGUCAGGCCCGCUCGUGCCGACCCUCUGCGAUAUCUAUGGCCCGUCUCCUGACUUUAACUUGCUCCCUUGCACUCCCGGGCAACUCAGUUUUGAGGCUGCACCUGCUAACUGGUCGAGCUAUAUAUGUGUCGCGGAUAGCGGCGGAAUAUGCCAAACCCAAGGAAGGCUGCUGAAUUCUACAUACCGACAGCUUACGACAGCAACCGAUGUUGGCCAAAGUUUGUUCACUGAUGCGAACUUCCUCGUGAGUGUGGCCAAUUGUAGCUUUGUGCGAGACACAUUUACUGAGAUCAAAGGUGUAUAUUGCCAUGACCUUCGAAAGUACUGCAAAUGGAUCUGGGUGGGGUUGAUCCUCGUUUCGGGUGGAGCCAUGCUCUCGAUUCUUCUGUGGAUGGUAUAUAUCAGAAGGAAGAGGUACAGAUAUGCACCAGGAAAGGUGAGGUAUUCCAAGGACCCACCAGUUUAUAAUGGACUAGGAACUGCACCGCCAGGUACAGCUUAAUAUGUAUGAUUUUUACAUCUGAAGGUAGGUUUUCUCGUUCCUUUGUAGAUAUGUACUGUAUUGAGCUGUCCCUAACGGCACAGUUACAGGUGAAUACGUGAAAGAUAGAAAACAUUUAGUCCAGGAAUCAUUGGAAUUGUGAAAAUUUGCGCUUAGAAGUCUUGUUUCACUUUGUUCUGCCUCCACAUUUACAUUUUGCCCACGAUUGUGGAAGCGGACGUUUAUUUUUGAAAGCAAAGAGAGUUCAUUUAAACUCUCAAAUUAUUAUUCA